CGUUUAUUUAUUUACUUUCGGGAUCCGGGAUUCUGCAGUAACUUGCAAAAAUGAACAAAUUUAAAUGAAAAGUAAACAAAAUGGAUACAUCGAAUUUGUGUAGAAGUUGUAUGAAAGAAGUGGCGUCAUGGGAGAAAGAGAAUUUCGAUCCUCGAGUUGUGGAAAUGUUUUGUUUUUGCACUAAUAUCGCGAUAUCAGAAGAUGACAAACUACCGAAGCAGUUCUGCUAUGAUUGUGCAAUCAAGAUUGAGUCAGCUUUCACCUACAUUACCGAAGCUCACAAAGUAGACGCCACCCUGAAGAAUAUAAUUUCAAGAACAAACACCUCCAUUAUUGUAGAACCAGAGACACAAUCCAGGCACAUAGAUAACCUCAAACUAACUCUUCCAGAUUAUAAAAUUAGUGCAACCAUAGACAGUUACGAUGAACACAUACUUUUUGAUAACAUAGACUUGCCGGCCAGUGAUAAUCAAAUCAUUCCGGAGAAAAGUUUAGAAGAAAUAGAACCAAUUGAAAAUAUUCCUGAAGAAGUGGAGAAUGCAGAAGAAAAUAAUCCAGAGAGUGUGACAGAGAAGCAGAAUGUGGACGACACUAAGAAGAAUGUUUGUCCCAUUUGUAGGAAAGCUUUCACUUCAAAAACUUGGUUCAACAAGCACAUGAAGAAGGAGCACACAGAGCAUAAAUAUGUUUGUGCACAUUGCCCUAAAACAUUCUCCAAAGCUUCUCUUCUGUCUGAUCAUGCUGCAACACACUCGGACGAGCGCAAGUUCGCUUGUUCGACGUGCGGCAAGCGCUUCAAGAGACGCAAGCAGCUCGCGUGCCAUGCGCGUGCGCACGCCGAUGUCAGACCAUACGCCUGUGACAAGUGCAGUAUGAGGUUCAAGAUAAAGAGUAUAUUGAAGUCCCACAUGAAGGUACACGACGGGGAUAAGCAGUACUUGUGCUACUUCUGUGGGUGGAGCUUUGCACAAGCCGGCAACCUGGAAGUCCACAUGCGCAAGCACACAGGCGAGAAGCCGUUCUGUUGCAACGAGUGCGGGUUCCGCGCCGCCGUGUCCUCCAACCUGCGCCGCCACCAGCGCCAGCACCAGGCCGCCAAGACCUACGUCUGCAAGCACUGCAAUAAGGGGUUCUAUGAUGCCAGUGGACUGGCUCGUCAUUUACGCACACAUACCGGAGAGCUUCCAUACCAGUGUCCGGGGUGCGCACGCGCAUUCGCUGACAGUUGGAAGCGCAAGACGCAUCUCAUGCGCGCGCACAGACUCGCUCUGCCCGAUAUACCGCGCAUGCGACGCGAUGGGCGCACCAUUAAUUGAAAACCUUCCAAUACACCAUACAUGAGAAACAUGUAAUUUGUACCUAUGAAGUAAUCUGGCUGCUUUGCUGUGAAAUUACAGUUUCAUACAAAACUGCAUUAUUGUUGGUAGAUACAUAUAAAAGGCCUAAUAGUAUUUCUUGUGAUAAUACAAACAUUAUUUAUUUAAUACUUAUUUAUAAUUAAAAACUUAUUUAGUUUAUACAUGACAGAACAUACCAAAAACUAGUAUAUAAGUAAGAAAAAUGUACAACAUAAUAGAAAUAAAAAGACAGUAAAUAUUAAAA